CAAACGGGAUAAUAAUACAGGAGGGACCAAGCCUCACAUGGGAGAGAUGUUUUGCACUGAAUUAGAUGAAUUCUUCACACUUGGCUGCUAUAAAGAAGGUCAUUGGACAGUGUUUUAUUUAUUUAAUAAUUAAAGUCCAUUGUUUCCUCCAAAUAAGACAAAGAUGACAGCUGGAAACCCCUGAGUAUCUAUUAAAUGAAUUGAACGAGAUGGAGCCACAAGCCAAAAGAAGGAAAGAAAUGGACCAAUAUGACUCUUGGGAUGUUCUUCCAGUUCUCUCUGACAGACAGUCACGGGACACUGAAUUGUUGUUGGCCUACGCAGCACCCAUCAUCGAGAAAAGACAAACAUCUCGCCUGGUCAAAGAGCUUUCCUUGAUCUAUCCUUUACCCGGUCUGCAACACAUAAAAAGAGUGAGGGCUUGCAAAGACAAAAGCACUUCUCAUCCAUUGGAGGUCAUUGUGUGUUUGGCCAGUGAUGUGCAGGUGAUAGACUGCAAAAGAGUUAUGCUUGCUGAUCUACUUCACUCACAGUCUUUAGACUCCAGUGGUUUGGGAGAACCUUUCCUUGUCGAAAUACCCGCCAAUCCUCCUCUGACCAGACCGCAGUUUGAAAAAGCUAGUAAACACUGGCCCACCUCAUUCCACGAGGACAAACAAGUGACGUCUGCUCUGAGAGGCCAGUUAUUCACUGCUGAUCAGAAAGCUAAAAUGCAAAAGUACAUGACGGCAGCUGUAGAGGCUGCGAAAUCCAGCGGGAAGUUGGGAAUGGAUGCGGUGGGUGCCGUGAUCGUUGACCCAGAAUCUGAGCAGAUUGUUGCUGUGGGUCAUGACUGUAAGCGUGGCUCUCAUCCGCUCCAUCACGCUGUCAUGGUCUGUAUUGAUCUGGUGGCCUGUGGGCAAGGAGGAGGUGCAUACAGUUAUGAGAAAUAUCCAGCCUGUCGGUUUAGCAGCUCCGAGUCCUUUAGGAACGCUUGCAAUGCUAAAGAAACCGGUCUGCCUUACAUCUGCACUGGAUAUGACCUCUACGUCACUCGAGAGCCGUGCGUGAUGUGUGCAAUGGCUUUGGUGCACUCCAGAAUCAACAGAGUGUUUUAUGGAGCGCACUCUGCAGAUGGUGCCUUGGGAACAAAGUAUAAAAUUCACUGCCAAAAAGAUUUAAAUCAUCACUUUGAAGUGUUCAAAGGUGUGAUGCUUAAUGCAUGUGAGGCUUUACAUAAAAACUGAUUUUUUUUUAUAAUUAAGAGGAAAUAUUACAUUGACAUUUAUGAUGAAAUUUUAAUUGUUUUUACGUUUCUAACUACAGCCAAAUGUUUAAGACCAUAAUAAAAAGCAUAAAAAAU